ACGAAGUCAUAGUCUAUCUAUAUAUCUAUACAUAUAAUCAUAGGCCAAUUGUCGGCAACAACAAGUAUAGUGAGUUAAUUUAGUUGAUGAUGAAUAUGGCGUGUGGCAACUUCUACUUCUUACUACUACUUGUUAUAUUUUGUAUUUCUCGAAACAUUGUCGUAGAUGGCAAACUUUCACCAAAGUUUUACUCUUCUUCUUGCCCGAAUGCUCUUACUAUUGUUAACGAAGGAGUCUUGGAGGCUAUAAACAAAGAGGCUCGAGUUGGAGCUUCUAUACUUCGGUUGCACUUUCACGAUUGCUUUGUCAAUGGUUGUGAUGGAUCAAUCCUCCUAGACGAUACCACAACUUUUCAAAGCGAAAAAACAGCUGCUCCUAAUAAUAACUCGGCCCGUGGGUUUGAGGUUGUAGACAACAUCAAGGCUAAGUUAGAGAAAGCUUGCCCUGGAGUCGUCUCUUGUGCUGAUAUCCUUGCUAUUAUUUCUCGUGAUGCCGUUGUUCAUUAUGGUGGACCAACAUGGAAAGUGAGAUUGGGAAGAAGAGAUUCUCUCACAGCAAACAGAAGUGCAGCAAAUGCUUUUAUUCCUGGACCUUCAUUCAAUCUCAUUAAUCUUACUACAAAUUUUGCUCAAUUUGGUUUAUCAACCAAAGACAUGGUGGUCCUUUCUGGCGGGCAUACCAUUGGACUAGCAAGAUGUGCAACAUUCCGAUCACAUAUCCACAAUGACACGAAUAUCAACACCGCCUUCGCCAAAUCUCUCCAACAAAAAUGUCCGCAAAGUGGAAAUAACAACGUUUUACAGCCCCUAGACUACCAAACCAAGUAUCGUUUCGACGUCAAAUAUUACCAGAAUUUAGUGGCUAAUAAAGGUUUACUUCACUCAGACCAACAACUUUACAAUGGAGAUAAGAGAGCUGAUUCUCUUGUUAAAAAAUAUGCAAUGGACCAAUGUAGGUUCUUUAACGACUUUGCUAAGAGCAUGCUUAGAAUGGGAAACAUCAAACCUCUUACCGGAAGUAAUGGUGAAAUCAGGCGCAAUUGCCGUAAACCUAAUUAGAGAUCGAUCGGUUCUCUAAUUCACUUACUUGCCUUUACACUUUUUAAUACCUAUGUCAACUCUAUGAUCCAUUGCAUGCAAAUUUGUUUAUUGUAACGUUGUACGUACGUGCAUUAUAUUUAUGUUGUCCUUUGUUCGGAAUUAAUUGUCACAUAGUAUCGAAAUUGUAACUUGGGAAAUAAAUGUAAUGUGACAAUUAAAUCCAAACGGUUGUAGUGGUAUAUUGUACGUGGUAUUAAAAUAUUAUUAGUUAUUA